UGACUACCUCACUUCUCUGCGGAGCGUCCCAUAUGGAUCAGAAGAGUAUGACCUCCUCAAGUCACAGGAACUGUAGGCACCAUGAUCAAUGGAUCAAGACACAUGCCUGAUUCUACUGCAGCUUCUGUAAAUGUCUCUAUGCCACCUGCAGCUGUGCUGUUGAAUUACUUCCUAUCCUCCAUGAGUGCUCUGCAACAAAGCACAGGACAGAUCUCUUCGUAUACCAAGCCUAUAAGGACAACAAGUCACCGAAGGCACUUUUGGGAACCUGCUGACUUUGCAAGUAUUACACAUGUGCACCUGCGCUCAGCCGAACGCCUGCGGGAGCUGUGCUGCGCCAACCGAGGCACCUUCAUCAAGGUGGGACAGCACCUGGGAGCUCUCGACUACCUGCUGCCUGAGGAGUACACCCGCACCCUCAAAGUGCUGCACAGCCAGGCCCCACAGAGCACCAGGCAGGAGAUCGAGCAAGUUAUUCGUGAAGAUCUGGGCAAAGAGAUAAAAGAACUGUUCAUGAGUUUUGAGGACACUCCCUUGGGAGCAGCAUCACUAGCCCAGGUGCACAAGGCAGUGCUACAGGAUGGAAGAACGGUGGCAGUGAAAAUCCAGCACCCAAAAGUCCAAGCUCAGAGCUCCAAGGAUAUUUUACUCAUGGAGGUUCUUCUCUUGGUUGUGAAGCAGAUCUUUCCAGAUUUUGAGUUCAUGUGGCUGGUGGAAGAAGCUAAGAAGAAUCUGCCCUUGGAGCUGGAUUUCCUCAAUGAAGGCAGAAAUGCUGAGAAGAUUGCUCAUAUGCUCAAGAACUUUGACUUCUUGAAGGUGCCCAGGAUCUACUGGGAGCUCUCAACAAGGCGCGUCCUUCUCAUGGAGUUUAUGGAAGGGGGACAGGUGAAUGACAAGGCCUACAUGGAGAGGAAUGGCAUCAAUGUCAAUGAGAUCUCUCGCAACCUGGGCAAGCUCUACAGUGAAAUGAUCUUUGUGAAUGGCUUUGUGCACUGUGACCCUCACCCAGGCAAUGUGCUAGUGAAGAAAUGCCCAGCCUCUGGCAAGGCCCACAUUAUCCUCCUGGACCACGGGCUCUACCAGGUGCUGAGCGAGUCCUUCCGCAUGGACUACUGCCGCCUUUGGCAGGCCCUCAUCAAGGCUGACAUGAAGAGAGUGCAGAAGUACAGCCGGCGGCUCGGCGCGGGGGAUCUGUACCCUCUGUUUGCCUGCAUGCUGACCGCCAGGUCCUGGGACUCUGUCAACAGGGGCAUCGACCGCUCGCCAGUCUCAGCCAGCGAGGACGUGGAGAUCCGGUCCAACGCUGCUGCGUACCUACCCCAGAUCACCCAGCUCCUCAACAACGUACCCCGACAGAUGCUGCUGCUCCUCAAGACCAAUGACUUGUUAAGGGGCAUUGAGUCAGCCCUACAGACGCGGGCCAGUGCCAGCUCCUUCCUCAACAUGUCUCGCUGCUGCAUCAGAGCUGUUUCCACGUACCAGAGGAGCAAGAGUCACUCGCUUUACAGGAGGGCCCAGAUCUCACUCACAGAAGCCCUGAGCCUGUGGCAGAUCAACUUGUAUGAACUCUUCCUGUGGCUGAAGGGGUCACAGCUGGGGAACUGGGUCAUUGCUCUCCUGAGCUGGAUGCACCAUUCCACGUACUGACAUGAACUGGUGGGAGAGGUCUGAGUGCUCCCUCCCAGCCUUCAGCUCUCCAUGGCACAUUUGCCUUUCUGACUGUUUCAAUCUAGUCUGUGGCCUAUUUCCGGGUCUGGUUCCACAUUACAUGCUGCACUGUCAUUGCUUGUUACAGCAUUAGCUUUCUCUGUGGCACUGGGAGAUGGAGCCAGUACCAGAGCUCUGCUGUUUCAUGGCUUAGGAAAAGGAGGUGUGGGACACUGCAUGUCAGGAAGGGCAGGGUACUUUCCUUCACAACCUGAGCAGGGGAAAUUCCACCCAGAUUCCAGUGGAACUGCACUGGAAGCAAAAGCCUCUCCGUGGGUCUUUCUUAGACAAUCUUACCCUGCUCAGAAUGCCCCAGAACAUUUCUCAGAUCCUCAGAGAGAGGUGGUAAGUCCCUUUAAAAUCCAGUAACAUUUGUAUUAGUUCUUGCAAUCUCCUUAGUCUGGAUUACUGUCUGGAUGUGCAGAGAGUUUCUUAGAGGGCUGAGACCUUAUGGAGAGCUGGCGCUAGGGCUUCCUCUCCCAGCAUCAGGGAAAGAGGAUCCUAGUGGUGAGAGUAGGGGGCUGGGAGCCUGACUUUCUAAGGUUUGUCUCUAGUCCUGUCAGCAAGUGCCUCUGUGUUUUUGGACUUGUCUUGACCUGUUUCCUUUCAGGUGAAAUAGGAGAAGGGGGUGGUGGUCCUGCCUCUUUUGUGAAAUUCAGGGAAGGCAGGAGGAAUGACAACUCAGGGCUCUGAAACUGCUGGUAAUGUAUGUGUACUGUACAGUACUGCCACACAACAAAAUAAAUGUGUCAUAUCAAAGACCUUUGG